AUGUCCUCGUCAACCCGAUCCUCGAAGAAAUCCAGUUCCAGCUCGUCCAAGGUCUCGCGCAAGGCCUCUCCGGAGCAGCAGCCUCUGAUCAACGGCAACGGCAAUGGCAACGCCAGCGCCAAAUCCAGCAGCAAUGGCACCGCCGCCGCGGCCGCUUCUACUGCGGUAGCCGAGGAAGAGAACAUUUUCGUCUUCUAUCCCAACAUUAUCGGCUACGUUCGCAUCGUCCUCGCCAUCGCCUCGCUCUACUACAUGCCGCUCCACCCGCGAACCUGCUCCCUCCUCUACAGCGUCUCCUGUCUCCUCGACGCCCUCGAUGGGUACGCGGCUCGCAUCUUCGACCAGUCGACACGCUUCGGCGCCGUGCUCGACAUGGUCACCGACAGGUGCACGACAUCCUGCCUCCUCAUGUUCCUGGCCUGCGCCUUCCCCCGCUGGACCAUCGUCUUCCAGCUCCUCAUCACCCUCGACUUUGCCAGCCACUACAUGCACAUGUAUGUUUUGUCCCCUCCCCCUUGCACGCAACACGCGCAGCCCGCUAACGAGUCCCCUUUCCCCACCCAACAGACCGUCCUCUUCGUCUUCUGCGCCCUCAACGAGCUCUUCUUCAUCGCCUUGUACCUCCUCUCCUUCUCGUCGCCGCUCCUCUCCCCCUCUCUGCUCAAGAGCGUCGGCGAGACGGGUGCCGCCCAGAUCCAGGCCGGCGCCCAGGUCAACACGUCGCUCCUGAGCGCCAUCUUCACGAACCCCUACAGCGCCGCCGCGCUCGAGCUUGCCCGCGCCAACAAGAUGGACUCGUUCUGGCCCUGGGUCCUCACCGGCGUCAGCUUCCCCGUCAUGGCCGCCAAGCAGUUCAUCAACGUCGUCCAGCUCGUCAACGCGAGCAAGUGGCUUGCCGAGGGCGACCUGCAGGUUAGGCGGGAGCAGGGCCUCCCCAAGAAGAAGAAGACAGCCUGA